AUGAAUGCGCAACUUCGGGGUUGGGUCGACACUUGGCUCAACCACCUGGCACUUGGAGCGGCCCCUCAGUGGGGAGUUCAGGACGGCCAUGCACGAAUCCUGCAAGCUUGGCACAUGGGAUGCCGCCGCUACGUGAAGCAGGAUUUGUCUGCCUACUUCGACAGCUCGGUGGAGCUGGUCCUGGCACGACUUGGGGCUCCUCAGUGGCUGGCGGGGCUCCUGCGGUCCUUCUACACUGAGCCCCAACGCCUCUUCAAGGCUGGGGGCUGCUUUGACGCUCGUUGGCGCACUACCGCCGCCGGCUUCUUGCAGGGGUGCCCGUUGUCUCCGGUCAUCGCAUUGGCGGUGGGGGCCACAUGGGCCGAGUACUGCAGGCGCUCAGAUGUGGACUUGAUGAUCUUCGUCGACAGGGCUCUUUGGCCUCUGCCUCAUGCUGCUUGCCCAGUUACAGCUCUCCGGGCUGCCUUGCAAAGGAGCGACCACUUUGACGAGGCCUUCAAGUUUGUCUGCAAGCCCACGAAGUGUGCAAUCGUGGUGCUCGACUCUGACUCUUCUCUGAACGAGCUCAUUGCUGAAAGGGGGUACCCCAGAGAAAGCUCUCUGGAGCUUCUUGGCAUCGAGCUGAAGCUCAGCGACGGGGCCACCUCGCUGUUAAAGCUGUCGUUGCAGACUCUUUUGCUGCGACUUCGAUACCUACGACUCCUGCAACCUCGGAUGGAGUACCGACGCCGUAUCCACUCAGCUCUGUUUUGGGCGGCUGGGGUGGCUAGGCCUAGCGCACGUGAAACACAACAGCUUCAGGCAGAGAUCACUGCGACUCUUAAGGACUGCAUCACCGAGGAGACGCCCCAGGUGCUCGUCUACGCGGUCUUUGGCUGGCAGUUUUCAGUGGAGUGGUACGGCGACUGGGCCGCGCUGAAGACGGUGCUGCAGCGCACCGAUGCCCGAAGGGACACACGGCGCUUUUUCUUUGGCUACGACAACCUCGGCGUCCUCAAGCACUGGCUUAAGGAGGAGCACCAACGGCGAGGCGUGCACCGAUGCGGGCGAGUUAAGCGGUCGCUCAUCGCGCCGAACCCGAGUGUGCACGCGGUCUCGCACUACCUGGUCCCCCUCACGGUCAACACCACGCCCUUGCUGGACGCCGUCUUCUUGGUCGACAAGGCCCUGUGGAGCUGCGGCGCGCGGCCAUGGCAAGUGGAGGUAGUGCGUGGCACACUGCUGCGAAACUUCGCCGUUCUCGGGACGUGCCAGUUCAGUGCCUGUGCGGGGGCCUUUGGCCCAGAGCGGCUUUUCGCUGCCCCGAUCGAGGCGUACCCGCCGGCGCCGCCAGCUGUGGACUUGGAGGGAUUCGAGCAGGACGUUGCUGACCACCUCGAGGCCUUCUUCAAGGACGACGCGGAGCUGUUCCUCGCAAGCGACGGCAGCGCCAAGGAGGGAGUUGGAGCCUUCGCCAUCGUUACCGCCGAGGCCUCUUUCGGUACGGGUGAUGCUUCGGAGGACCAAUCUGCGUUCAGGAACGAGGCCCUGGCACUGCUCUACAUCACACGUGCUCUACAACGACUGCCUGGAGAUCGACGAGGACGUGUUCAUGUGCUUUGCGACUGCCAAGCUGCACUGCAAGGAGUGGCUCGGCCGGGCAUGUCUGCUCUUCCUUGCAUCUUCGAGGAGAUUGCGACCAAUCUGCGGAACUUGCAAAGUCGGGGCAUUGCUGUCAGCCUCACUUGGGUGCCUGCGCAUGGCAGAAAGAGGCACUGGAGGCCACCUGAUGGAAUCAGUGCUGAGUUGUGCCGGGACCUCAACGACAAGGCCGAUGCUGCGGCCAACUGUGCACGUGAGAACAGAGCUGCCCACUCCAGACGGGCACUUUGGCACCAGGCCUUUGGAGAGGCCACUGCUUGGGAAACGCGCCUGCAACUGAGCCUGAGGGCUCCCUGGACUAAGCAGCUGCAGCUGGGCGCUGGCUGCUGUGCUGCUGGCCUUCGGCUGCGCUGCUGGCGAGCACAGCUGAGCUUCUGCACCUGCACUUUUGAGUUGGCUUCCCGAACCCACUUUCCUUACCAGUUUUGA